UGGGGAACAAGGAAACAUCUGAACUGAGUAAAGAAGAAAAAAUGGCAAACUGUUUUGUUUUAUGUGCUCUUUUCCUGACCGUUGCUGUUCUCGUGUGUUCUGCACAAGAGGAACAAGAUAUCAGUGUGCGGUAAGGCAACUAGAAAUGGUUAACCAGGGCGUUCUGUUUCACAGCGCGCAGAAGUAACUAAGUAUAAAGUUAGUCUCAUGAUUGCAGCUAGCUUAGUCGGAAAAUAGCAACCAAAAUCCUAGUGAAGCGCAAUUUUAAUCACAUUAUCGAUAUCAUGAUCGCAACUCUUUGGUAGUCAGUUCAACAAAACGUUUUCUGUCCGCGUCAGCAUGAAACAUUUUAAGUGGCAUGCAUUUUAUCUUCCGUUAAAACGUAAGCUGCUGCCAAAAUAUCGUUAUUUUUAACGAAGUAAUUCUAGUCCAUCGAUGUACAUCUACUAGGUUUUGUGUAUCAAGUCGACCGUCCGCCCCCAACACUCGGCACUUACAUUAAAAGGUGAAUUCCCUCGCAUUCCUUUGUUCAUGCGAUCAAUAAUUUCUAACGCAGGAAUCUAAAGCAAAAUUGAAAGUUGCAAGACACUUGUCAAGGCCUUCCUGGAUUACCAGGACGAGAUGGUAAGAUUGCUAACAUUGCUGUAUGGUGCGUUAACGCCAACAGAGAAGUCUGAAUUUGGAAUAGCCAACAAAACGUUUGGUGUGAACGUAAUUGGACGAAUUGAGAUUCAAUUUAAGGAAACAAUAAAGAUUUGAGUUCGUCUUUCGAAAUCGGCUGGAAAAUUGUUUCAUCUUCAGAUUAAUAAAACAAAUUUAUAUUUGCUUUGUCUUAAAGCACAACAUUUAUACUUUAAUUCUUUAAUUAAACUGUGUUUCUUAUUUCAUAGGGCGUGAUGGGCGUGAUGCAGGAUUAAUGGGUAAGACAAUAACUGCUUUUUUGUAUAAACAAGGACAAACUAGUGGCGGACUAGGUAUUCAAUCCAAAUUAUUUAUAGCUCCACUUGUUUUCAUAUAUACGUUCUUACAAGAGGACCAUGGCAACCAAAGUGUGAGAGGAAAUACCCUGGGUCCGAGGUUGGACCAAAUGUUUUAAUAUUCUCUAUAUGUUCGUUUCCACGGGUAGCUCUGGCAAACGAGGUCCGAUAGGACCUAGGGGACCUCGUGGACAAGCAGGGAAGUCAGGGGGUGUCACAGGUGGUGCAGUGUACACAAGGUGGGGAAGAAAGACAUGUCCCAACAAAACAACACAAUUGUAUUCAGGUAAAUAAAUCUCGACUGAAAUAUAGAAAAUUCUAGGACUAUAAUAAAGUAGAUGUAUUCUGUGCAAUUUUAUUUAUUGUUCUAUGUUUUAUUACGUUUCUCACAGGUGUGGUGGCAGGGUCACAUUUUACACAUUCUGGACCUCAGAUGGUGGUUCAAACUAUCUCUGCCUGCCUUUAAAACCGAUUUUUGAGAAAGUUGGGUCAGGUAAUCAAGGAAGCAAUUACAUCUAUGGCACUGAAUACGAAAUAGGUCAUGCUCAAAAGCAUUUGUUUGAAAACUCAAAGCUUCACGACCAUGAUGCACCGUGCGCUGUGUGCCACACUGAGUCACGUGGGAGUCACAUGAUGAUCCCAGCCCGCAACACCUGCCCCUCAGGUUGGACCUUGGAGUACAAAGGAUAUAUCAUGUCCGAACAUCAUGGUCACAAAGGACGAACCCAGUACAUAUGCGUAGAUGGAAAAGCCGAAGCAACUUUUGGAUCACACGUCAACAAGAAUGGAGCUUUGCUGUACUUUGUGGAAGGUGCUUGUGGCUCUUUGCCUUGCCCGCCAUAUGUGCAAGGUUAGGAACUCACCUGCGCCGUGUGCACAAAAUGAAAUGGUGAUGACGAAAACGGAACUCUUUUAUGAUAACGGAACUUGAAACUCCCAGAGAUCAGUAUUUUUUUCAGACUGUCCUAACCAAUAAAACAGAGUAAGCAUGUUUAAACAAGCUUAUUCUAUUGUAUUGGUUAGAAUAGUCAGAAAAACAUUCAGCUUUGGUAGCAUACUGUACGCUAGUUUUGCAAGCAAUAGUUUUGUAGUUGAGCUUUGGUCACUUUCAUAGUUACUAAGCCAUAGAGAAAUAAUAAAGAAACACGUUUCUGCAUUAAAUUACGUUGUGUGCUUAUCUCAAGUUAAGGCCAGUUUACACUACUACUGUCACUACACAAGUUUUGCCUAAAACUGUCGCCGAUGCAACCUGCUUACAACUAGGAUUGUACUGUGCAGAUCACUGAAGCAC